UGAACAAACUCAUGUCAGAUAAGUAAGAAAUAAUACCCGGGAAGGUGUCCAUUAUCAGGAAUGAAGGCCAGAAUCUCCGCUUCAGGGAAGUCCAUUAAUUCCUGAUAAUAGACACCUCGAAGGGCAUUAUCCCACUUAUACAAUGGUCACUUGCCAAAGAAAGAAAAGGAAGAUCAAUAUUUUAUAUUUUCAUGCAUUUUGCAAUUGAAAUCUAAACUUUUUUACUAGCCAUAACUUCAUUUCCCUGGUAACACCUGAGUUCCUACCUAAUACCUGGAAGAAUCAUUACCAUCCCAUAAGGUUCUAAUGCAAUGCAAACGUUAUUCACUACUCCAGUCAAUAGGACGAACCUUAGAUAUGACUUGACAAUGGGAGAUAUUUCUAGUUCCCUCUGUUUGUAGAACACUUUGGCUCAGCUACGAGACACAGAGCUAACGCUAUGCUAGCUAGAUUAAAAGGGAAUAACAACAAUUGACAAACGGUAAAUAUAAUUUGACAGUAUGUUUAACAAUACAAGCUAGCUAUCCAGCCAUGUCCUUGUCCCCAAAUCAAUAUCAAGCUAUAUAUGAUUCUAAAACUGUAAACCCAUUAACUUGAAUGUUUUUCUAGCUUCUCAAUUUACAUCUCAAUCACACCUUCCACAUAUUUGAUUUUAUUUUAGGUUACUUUAUGUCCAACACCUUGCAUUACAUUGACAGGAGUGCUGUGUUCAUAAAAUUUAAUAAUAACCACACCUAUUCACCUAUGCUCUAUAAUUAUCUUCACUCUGCCGUUCUGCAUGUUUUUGCAUGCUGGUGAACAUUCAUGGAAUAAUAGAAUCAAAAUAGCAGGUGCACAGGUGCACACACACUUGUAUCACCUACCUUGCCCUUGGAAUUUGCUAUUCAAAGUAGAACCGAGCCUUGCUAUCAAAUUAUUAUAAGUACAUAAUAUACAAUCAAAAAAUAAAAAUAAAUUAGAUCAAAAUAGUAGUAAAGUCUUUACACUGCCAAUAACAUUUGUUUAAGUUCAAAAGUUGGGUUUAUUUUCCCCAAAAAGAUUAAAUAAAACAAAUUACUGAAGGCAAAUGAAUUAACUGAGUUAUAGGGGCCAACAAAACAUAAGUCUACUGAACCAUAAUGCUAGAAAAACAAGAUGUUAACUCAUCCAGUGGAACAGAAUGACCAUACAUAUUCAACUGUGUGUCUUUGUUUAACCAAACACACCUACUGUAGUCCUUUCCCGUUCUGCCAGUGCCACAUGAACGUAUCUCAACAUUUAACCAGGUGUUCAACGGCAGCAUUCUCUUCCUCAGUUGCCUCACCCCUUUCUCUCGAAUCUGCUCUUCAUUCAAAACGCUGCCAAGAUGGUUCCCAGAUUGGGCAACACCCAAGUUCUCAUUUACCUACUGUGUAUCACUGCCAUUGGUGUGUUAUCUAGAUAUUCAUGGGAUAUGUCUUUACAUUACCUCGGCCCUGAGAAUUCAGGUCUUUGUGCCUGUCACAAAUGUUUAACAGAGAGUGAUCCAUGGUUUAGGGAGCUCAUCAAUUCUUCUCCAACACCCUUUUUGUCAAGAAACUAUACAAGCUCAGAGGAUGAUUUCAUUUGGUGGAAGCACAUCCAGAAUGAAAGACGAAACUUCGAUUCCUACAAGACAACAGUGGACAGACUGUUUCAGAUUUUCCCACCCAUUCCAGAUGUUGUAGGACCCAGCCCUGACCGCUGCAGGACUUGUGCUGUGGUGGGGAAUUCUGGUAACUUGAAGGGAUCACAUUAUGGACCUCUGAUUGAUUCUCAUGAUAUCAUAAUAAGAAUGAACCAUGGCCGUACCAAAGGCUAUGAAGCAGAUGUUGGGAACAAAACAACACACCAUGUGAUGUAUCCAGAGAGUGCUAUAAAUCUGGACAACACCACACAUCUUGUGCUGUUUCCAUUCAAGAUCGAUGAUUUACUGUGGCUCCUCAAAUCCUUCGAUCCAGGGGAAAACAGUGCUAACAAGGCGAGGAGAGCUAACAAAGAUUUGGUGAUGAUCCUCAAUCCAGCUUUCAUGAAAUACGUUCAUGAAAUGUGGUUGGGAAAGAAGGGCAAUUAUCCAUCCACUGGCUUUCUGACUUUGGCUCUCAGCACGCAAAUGUGUGAUGAGGUCAAUGUUUUUGGGUUUGGAGCAGACAGAGAUGGAAACUGGAACCAUUACUUUGAGAUUCUCAAAAACAAACAGCUGAGAACUGGACCUCAUGCUGGAAUGCAUGAACAUGAAGUUAUUCUGAAAUUAAAGGAGCAGCAGAAAAUUGGUGUUUUUAAAGGAUGGUAAUUUCUUUCUCUGUUUGUGUCUUCCUUUAUUUGUCAGUGGCAUUAACAUGAGCACCAAGUACUUUAGCUUUAAGAGAGAAACGGAAAAUAAAUGUUUGGCAGUUGACUUGGCCUUUUAUUAGUUAGUUAGUAAUUAGUUCUGAGCCUAAAAAGAGAUUAUGAAUGGGCAGAAUAUCUACUGUCAGAGAGAGACAGCAGAGACAGAUCCUAACCAAGUCCAGGCUCAGUGAGCACAACCUGGAAAUUGAAAAAGGAAGACACAAACAACGUAGAAACCAAAAGAAAACUUAUAUAGUAAUAUGUGGUCACUGUUGGACAGGUGAUGUUGAGACAGAGAUGCACUUCCUGUCCUACAAUGUAAAACAUUCAUUUGAACAAAUGAAAUCCUGUAAUCCCAGAUUUCAACAAUGUAUAUGACCACUCAAAAUUAAAAUGAAUCCUACGAGAAGGAGACAGGGCAUAUAUUGAUGCCCAAUAUGA